UUUUGAAAACUGUGAGUUCCUGGAACAACAGUUCUCAGCUUCUUCCACCGGGACCCUUGUGUUUACCGCUUGUGGGAAAUCUUCUCAUAAUGGAUCAGAAAAGGCCUUACACGACCAUGGUGAAGGUAUCGGUUUUUCUCAUGGUGAGAACUGGAAAGUGAUGCGGCGGUUUGCCAUAACCACAUUGCGGGACUAUGGAAUGGGCAAGAGAACCAUAGAAGACAAAAUUGUUGAGGAAUGCAAUGUCUUGAUAAAGACAUUUGAAUCUCACGAAGGAAAACCUUUUGAGACCAUUACAAUUAUGAAUGCAGCUGUUGCCAAUAUUAUUGUGUCCAUUCUACUUGGCAAGCGAUUUAAAUAUGAAGAUCCUACAUUUCAACGACUACUACAAUUAAUUAAUGAAAAUGUCCAUCUCCUUGGAAGUCCCUCAGUCAUGCUGUAUAACAUGUUUCCUGCACUUGGCUUUCUGUUUGGUGCUCGUAAGAUCAUCCUUAAUAACAGAGAUGAGUUGCAUGCCUAUAUAACUGCCACGUUCUUAAACCACAUAGAAGAUCUCGACAAAAAUGAUCAGCGGAGCUUGAUUGAUACAUUUCUCAUCCAACAGCAAGAGGAGGAGAAAAGGAAGAAGAAGAAUGGUGGAUAUUUCCAUAAGGAAAAUCUGAAAAGUCUUAUGGUAGAUUUAUUUUCUGCCGGCAUGGAGACUACUUCUUCCACUCUAUGCUGGGGCAUCUUGCUAAUGAUGAAGUACCCUGAAAUUCAAAAAAAAGUCCAGGCAGAGAUUGACAAUGUUGUUGGACCUGUUCAGCCCAUGAUUGAACACCGAAUAAGAAUGCCAUACACAGAUGCCGUGGUCCAUGAAGUUCAAAGGUUUCGUGAUAUCCUCCCAACCAAUCUGCCACGUACUACCACUGUGGAUGUUACUCUCAAAGGCUACUUCAUUCCAAAGGGAACUCAUGUCAUUCCGUUGCUGACUUCUGUGCUCCAUGAUGAAUCGCAGUGGGAGAAGCCUCAUGAGUUCUAUCCUGAGCAUUUUCUCGACUCCUCAGGAAAGUUUGUCAAAAGAGAUGCAUUCAUGCCUUUCUCUGCAGGUCGUAGAAUGUGUGCAGGUGAGAACCUGGCCAAAAUGGAGCUCUUCCUGUUCUUUACGAGCCUCCUGCAGAGAUUCACCUUCCAGCCACCUCCUGGAACCUCUAAAGAAGACCUGGACCUCACCCGAGCAGUUGGGUUGACAACACCUCCCAUGCCCUUCCACAUCUGUGCUCUGCCACGCUGAGAUGUCUCAAGAUCACAGAAUGCUUCACCUGUAUGUUGAGCAUUGAUAAGCAUUCUUGGCUCUGAAGUUAAAUCUGAUGUGGCAGCCCCUUUACUGAAAAGUGAGAAGAAGAAAUGCUUAAUGGAAUUCACCAUAUAGUUAUAGGAAUUAUGUGCAGUCCUGAUGAAUCCCACAAAGCUCAUAGUGAUACAUCAUUUAGUUUAAAAAUAGGAAUUUGUUUCAUGUGGUAUUAAUCAGAAUCAAGGCUCUGCUUAUGUUUUACAGUCUCAACCUUUUAUCUACAUUGUGUAAUUCUUCCAUCUGUUUCUUGAUCACAUCAAGCUGUGACCGAUCCAUUUGUUUCUGGAUCACAGUAAUGUCUGACACAAUUUUGACAGUGGAAGGUUUGUACAUACCCGAGUACU